CAUUCCUUUUCAAAGCAGUAUCUUUCAAACCUGCAUCCCUCUCUAAAGCCAUAUCAUCCAAAACACAUCUCACCCCAAAUCCUCAUUCUCCAAACUGGUACCCUCCUAAAUCAGCACUCUCCAAACAAGCAUCCCUCCCUAAACCAGUAUCCAUCCAAACCACCAUCCUUUCCCAAACCACCACCCCCCUAAACCGAUACCCUCCAAACUCACACCCCCAAAACCCUCUCUUGCCACUCCUGCCCCCUUCAGACUCUCAGCCUUUCCCAAACUCCCACAACCUUCCCUUUGUCCACACCAGGGGUCCAUGCCCCCAGAUUUCCUCCUGCUCAGGGGAUUUGCUGUCCCUGAGUGCUGCCGCGUGCGCUUCAGCGCUGAAUCACCUCGAUUACAGAUUCACUUGGAUGCAAUUUGGGAAAGAAAACAAGGGGGAAAAAAAAAAAUAAAAAAAAGACAACAGCCCGCCCUUCUUCUCCUCCUCCUCCCCCUGGGAAGGGGGGACAGCAGCAUAAAUAGGCACCAGCACAGCACAGUGCCAGACACACAGCGCAGCCAACGAACGGCAGGGCAGCUUUCCCCGCACGCGUGGCACCACUCUGGGCACACUCAGCAUGGCAGAGCCUUCGCUGCCCCUCUCCUUCCUCUGUCUCCUGGCUUUGUCCUCUGCCUGCUACAUCCAGAACUGCCCCCGGGGUGGCAAGAGGGCUUUGGGUGAUACAGCCCUGCGGCAGUGCCUGCCCUGUGGACCAGGGAACAGGGGUCGUUGCUUCGGGCCCGGGAUCUGCUGCGGUGCAGAGCUGGGCUGCUACCUGGGCACAGCAGAGACACGGCGCUGCGCCGAGGAAGACUAUGUGCCUUCACCCUGCCAGGCUGGUGGGCAGCCCUGCGGCUCCGGUGGGCGCUGCGCUGCCAACGGUGUCUGCUGCAGUGCUGACACAUGUGCCAUGGAUGCCGUGUGCCUGGAGGAAGGCGGUGAACAGGCAGAAGAGGCAGUGGAGAAGAAUCUGACUGUGCUGGAUGGCACAGCUGGGGACCUACUGCUGAGGCUGAUGCACCUGGCCAACAGGCAGCAGCAGGGCAAGCAGCCUGGCCUCUGAGCAGCUGGGAUAUCAGCAGGACCCGUUGUAAAUAGCAGAUCUAAUAAAGUCCUCUUGCACUGUG